AUUUUGUUCUCGUUUAACAGACCUAAAGGCACUUUGGAGACUUAGAAAAAGGAGACCGCUCAUUUUCAAGGCCACAUAGAUAACGGGGGCCAUCAAGAAAGCCAAGUCACCUUUAACAUGAGUGCCAGGUUGUUGCUCCAUUGUUUGCUGAUCUGCUCUGCCUGUUUCCUGGUGGUCAUUCCACACAUUGUGAUGGAGGAGAAGACUCCUGGUAAAGACUUCUGUGAACCCAGCAAACAAGAAGAGAAGCAGUCAGAGACCCCAGCAGUGCUUAUUGUAGAACUUCCAAAAGCAUCAAGAGCGAGCGCCAGAAAAUCUACAGAAAAGAAACCAAAAGAAAACAAGCUCAAUGCCCGAAUCAAUUACCAGAAGCCAAGGCCGCCUCCCCCAGCAAACUGCGUGCCACUCUGGGGAAGCUGCAAGCCCUCUAGCACAGUUUGCUGUGAACACUGUGCCUUCUGCCAAUGCCGGCUGUUUAAAACAGUCUGCUACUGCAGAAUGGGAAGCCCAGGAUGCUAAGACCCUUGCUGGACCAGUAACAGCGUCGUGUGUCAGCGUGGCAUCACUUUGUAUUGCACACAACUGCUGCUGCAUGCUGCUUGUGUUCUUUA